ACAUCAGUUGCCUUCCCGAGAGGCCAAGAACAGUCCCUGGAUUUCUCGAUCCUUCUUCGAUAGAACUGUUUUUGCCCAUUCUUGGCUGCCAAAAGCCUCAUCGAUCGAUCUGCUUUGGUCAUCUCAUCUGUCUGGCAUGUCAAGGUGGAAGCUUCGAGCGAACUCUGAAGUCUGAACAUUUUGGUCCUUUGGUGUGUGGCACAAACGGCAGAAAGCGAGAGCUGCCACAGUGCCACUACGUCAGUUUAACCAACCGCACCACACGCUCGGAGAGAAAGGGGACAGAGAAGCAAGAGUCAGCGAUGGGAGGCGGCGGCGGCCGGGCGAGGCAGAACGCGAUCCGGUCGGGCAUCGUGGUGCUGGGCGCCGCGGCCUUCGGCUACCUCUCCUACCGCGUCGGAUUCAAGCCCUACCUCGACCGCGCCCAGGAGGCCAUGGACUCCCACAACUCCUCCCCCUCCGCCGCCGCCGCCGCAGCGCACGCCUCCGCUGCCUCCGCUGCCUCCGCCGCCGGCCAGCCUGAUCACCCCGGCGCCGACGGCGACCUCGCCCCGUCCAGGGACCCGGCCGUCGUGCUCCGGGACUGAGCCGCCGAGCAGCUGCGGCGCGUAGAGCCUUGACUUGGGCUGUGGCAUUUCGGCGAACACCUUGUAAGCAGGUCGUCCUGGAGUCCUGCAAUGUUUUGCCACCGAAAUUUCCUACUGAUUUUGCACUGGAAUUUACCUACUGUUAUAAAAUAAAAGGGUUUCAUGCCAAUUUUGGUUCUCCACAAAGCAUUACAGUGCAUCGAAGUCUCACCCGCGCUACAUCUCCCUGAUCAUAUUGCCAACUUGCCAUGAUGCGAUGAAGCGGCUGGAAAUACGAUGGUUCAGAUGACUGAUCAUGGAGCGCUCUUGUUUUCGAUAAACGGUUGUGCGUUGCAAAAUUUCAAUUGAAGGAUCAGUCGGCAGAGUGUUUCCAGAUUUUAGCAACAUUGUUGCAGACUUAGUAGCAGUAGAAUUGUUUUGUUGGAGUGCUUAUGCAGAACCGGUCGAUAUCCACGAAGAGGAUGAACAAAUCCUGUUAUCUUCCUCUUUUCGUGUCUGUUAUGGUGUGGGCAUGCGAUUCCUUCCAUGACAACGACUCUUGAGAACAUCAAUGUCGGGUUUGAAUCUUUGUUACUUUCUUUUUUCUCUUCGUGAUUUGGGUCAAAAGGUGCAUGCCUAGCAAGUUGUAUGCUGGAUGGAUGUCAUGUUCAGAUUUUGAAGGCAAUAUCAUGAUCUGGGUUAAUAGAUUCAUA